AUGGCAGUGACGGAGGUCCAAGAGCGCGCAGUCGAAACCACUGAUGCGGAAAGCGUCCAGGCAGUGGAAGAGCCUGAGCCUAUCCAGAAGCCCGUUUCGAAAUGGCUUCGAUGGUAUCGCACUCCGCUGUUCAAUGUCUUCCUCGUCGGAUUGAUCUCCUUCACGCAGCCUGGGAUAUGGAAUGCUCUGAACAGCACCGGCGCGGGUGGCGAGCAAGAGCCGUAUCUCGUCAAUGCGGCCAAUGCACUCACUUUCGGCAUUAUGGUCUUUGGGUGCCCACUGUUUGGCGCUCUGGCGAACAAGAUCGGCCUGCGAAACGUCCUCAUCCUCGGCACGCUGGGAUAUGCGCCGUACUCGGCCUCGCUGUAUGUCAACAACCGCUAUGGCACGCAGUGGUUCGUGCUGUUUGGAGCGACGACGUGCGGUCUUGCGGCGUCAGCGCUGUGGGCGUCAGAGGGGGCCAUCGCUUUGGGAUAUCCAGCGUCGAAGGAUCGGGGGAGGUCAACCGGCAUCUGGCUCGCUCUCCGCGAACUGGGCCAGAUAAUCGGCGCCUCAAUCCAGCUCUCGCUGAACAUCAACAACAACCACACCGGCAAGGUCGGAUACGCAACGUAUCUGGUCCUGAUCGCCCUGCAAUGUCUCGGCCUGCCACUGGCCUUGCUCCUCUCCCCUCCCGAGAAAGUCAUCCGAGCAGACGGCUCCCAGGUCGGCAACCCGGCCAGAGCAAGAAACUUCCUGCGCGAGAUGGGCAAGCUCUGGCGGCUGCUGAAGACGAAGCGCAUCUUCCUGCUGAUCCCGAUUCUGAUCACCGGCACCUGGAACGGCACGUACCUGGGCAUCUACCUGACCAAGUACUUCUCCGUGCGCGCGCGCACCCUGGGCUCGCUGUUGGCCGCCCUCGUGGCGACGGUGGCGGACUUGUUCUGGGGGUGGUUUCUGGACCUGAAAUUCGUCCGGCGCUCGACCAUGGCCAAGCUGACGUGGGCCAUCUUCUCGGUCGUCAUCUUCAGUCUUUUCGGCUGGGCGGUGUCCAACCAGUAUUUGUACGACCACUCGCCGACAAAGGUCAAUCUAGACUGGGACUCGCCGGGGUUUGGGCGAGGAUUUAUGGACGAAUCCCACUACAUCUUCGUGUACUGGCUCAUCGGCACCUUUGACAACGACGUCGAAACGCUAACUCUGACGGUGGGAAUCCUGCGCGCCUUCGAGUCGGUGGGAUCAGCACUGUCGUAUGGCGUGGGGGCAGUCCCGAGCAACUCGCCCAUGACAAAUCUAAUCGUUUCGUUUGUGCUGUUUGCUGCUGCUGUGCCGACGACGACGGCGGUGACGUUUCUGGUGCCAGAUCGGCCGGUUGAUAAUGCUGUGGAAGAUGAUGAAGACAGUAAAAGCUGGCAAAGGCCUAACAUAAUGUCACCUCCUUGA